GAAGAAACACGGAGAGAGCGAGGUUGCUUCCUGCCACUCGCAUGUACAGAAAUUAGAGAUGGAUUCUUCAAACAGUACCAAACAAAACAAUAAUCUAUCUCUUAACGAAGACCCAGCUGAUGAGGAAAACGAGUUUUGUCCCGGUUUCAAGGAUGUGGAUGCAUUCGUGAAGGUAGUGAGCUGGCUGACGAACUGUAUUGUGUCUGCAGCGUGUAAAACGUGGACCAGCUAGCUAACUAGCUAUAUGUAUUGUAAUGGUAGUAGUAGUAGCUACGUCAGCAAGGCUAGUUAAUUAUUUAACAUGGAUUUUAACAAAGAUUAAUUUAUGCACAACAUAAGCAAUAGCUUUGUCUCGGGUGUUCAGGAUGGUCACGCCAGGUUCCACUCAGUUAAACUUCCUAGCUACCUAGCUAGAGAGAAUCCCCACACACAGUAAUACCAAACAGAGGACGACGAAGAGGCCCAACUCGGCUUAAAAUGUCUCCCUCCAGCAGGUGGAGUUGUUUCGCCCAUCAAGCAAAUAUAUUUUGUAUGGAGGUCAAUGAGAGAAUGUCUAAUUUGGUCAACAAAAAAAUGAAUGACUCAUUUUCUACGUGAGGUUUGUUUAUUUGCUCGAAUAGACGUUUCGUAAUGCCUAAGUUGUUACGAGUGUACUGCUGUAAGUAGGACACGUGACAUCCCGGAAACAUUGAAUACAGGUGGUUGACAUCAACAACCAUCAUCAAAUAUUCAAAAGGAUUACAAUGGGCCUCCUGAGUGGCAUGGCGGUCUGACGCCUCUAGCACUGCAUCACAGUGCUAGAGGUGUCACUACAGACCCGGGUUCGAUCCCGAGCUGUAUCACAACCGGCCAUGAUCAGGAGUCCCAUAUGGCGGCGAACAAUUGGCCCAGCGUCGUCCGGGUUAGGGGAGGGUUUGGCCGGGGGGGCUUUACUUGCCUCAUCGCAUUCUAGCGUCUGCAGGCUGACCUCGGUCGUCAGGUGAAUGGUGUUUCCUCCGACACAUUGGUGCGGCUGGCUUCCGGGUUAAGCGGGCGGGUGUUAAGAAGCGGGUCAUAUUUCGGAGGACACAUGACUCAACCGUCACCUCCCGAGCAUGCUGGGGAGUUGUAGGGAUGAGACAAGAUCGAAAUUGGGGAUGAUAAUUUUUUAAAAAGGAUUACAAUAAUGAGAUGUAUCCACCAAUCCAAAGAAUGGAUACGUGUGAGCUAGACAGCCCCCCCAUGCUGCUUUGUGGACAAUGACUCCCAAUGUUAGGGCGGAGAGACAUACAUCUUGUCAGUAUAUCCAUAAUCUUUGGUAAUGCUAGCUAGCUGCAUUAUGCAUAAAGGUCAUUUUAACUUUGAGUAAGCCUUACCCUUUCUCUUCUAUAGUAUGGACUGGGCACUGUCGUAGCAGCAACCAAGGCAUCUGCCAGUCUACCGCAAGUAGGGGAUGAAUAUGACUUAUAUCGCAGCUUCCCAGGAUUUCAAGAAUUCUGUGAAACUCAAGGAGAUGGACUGUUGCAUUGGUGAGUAAUGAUUUAUCAUUUAUGAACGCAUAAUGCAUUGCUUUAUUUCACAGGAGCUUGGUGGCACCUUAAUUGGGGAGGACGGGAUCAUAGUAAUGGCUGGAACGGAAUUAAUGGAAUGGUAUCGAACUCAUGGUUUCCAUUCCAGUCAUUAUUAUGAGCCGUCCUACCCUCAGCAGCCUCCUGUACUUUAUUUACAUUUAUAAAAUGGGUGGUUCGAGCCCUGAAUGCUGAUUGGCUGCUCUAAUUACUUUGGUAACCAGUUUAUAAUAGCAAUAAGGCACCUCUGGGGUUUGUGGUAUAUGGCCAAUAUACCACGGAAAAGGGCUGUAUCCAGGCACUCCGCGUUGCGUCGUGCAUAAAAAAACUGCCCUUAGCCGUGGUCGGGCCACAUAUACAUACUGGUAAAGUAGUGUAUUGUAAACAGUUUGACAUUGCUACCAAGAAAAAUGGUUGGCAAAAAAGUCACUCAUGAACCAUCUUCCUAACAUGUUUGUCUUUGUCUUCCCAUGGUCAGUAUGAGUCAGAUAAUGCAACACCAUGGCUGCAGAGCUCACAUGAGAGACCGCAACAAACUGACGGGGUUGGAGGAAAGAUUUGACUUGGUGGUUGACUCCAAUGAUGUCAUUCUUGAAAAAGUGGUAUGUAUACCAAAAUGGCAGCAUAUUCUGAACUAAUGACUUUUCUAAUUCUCCAUUAUUUUGGGAAUUAUUCUGAAGUCAACACUUUUUGAUUGAUUUUCAGGGUAUUCUGCUUGAUGAUGCUGCCGGAGUCAACAGGAGCCAGCAACCUGUCAUGCCUGCAGGUUUUCAGCCCCCUAAGAUCGUUGUGUCCAGUUGGAAUCGUAAGGUGCGGAAACAAAGCUUCUUGGGACAGCGCCCACAAAAUCACAAACCUGUCAGAACUAUUGUCUAAACAUUAGACUGUUACCAUGGUUACUCCAUGGAUAUCGGUCUGAAAGAAGUCGCUGUAAAAAAGACGCAAUAAUCUCUACCAGACAGAAUGUUGAAUACAAUUAUAUUUAAACAUACUUUACCGGUUGUCCUUUUGGCGGUAGGAAGUGUAGAUAAAAUGUCCACAGAAAAGUAUUAUUAGCCUGACUUUUUGGGGCGCUGGUGGGUAUAUGGCUCUGUCGGCUUGUAAUUCCGGUGAGUAUUUUCAAUCACACGAUGCACUAUAUGUAAACAAUAGCUGAAUAUAACUGAACGUUGUCAACCGAAGCACGUUUCCUCGUAAUCAGCUGGAAUUGUUUGCCGUUCGGUCUAUGGUUCGGUUAGGUUCGGCCAUAUUGUGCAAGUGUUUGUCUCGUUCGAAUUGCGUCAGUAUUGAAAAUAAAAACCAGAAAUGCAAAUGAAAUACAGACCACCAUACUGAAGGUCGGGUUGAUAACGCUUCCCUAUGGACAUUUUGUAUCUGAUUACCACCGUUAUAGGGACAAAAUCGGUGGACAACAGGUAAAGUACGUUGAAAUGAAGUUUGUUCAACAUUCUGACUUGUAAUAUGACUGUUUGGGAAUGCUGAGCCUACAUGUUACAGGCGAGUAUGUAAGUAUAUAACUCUCGGAUAGUAAAAGAGACUAGAAUUAAUUGGUACCCUGGUGAAGUUCUUAGAUUUACAAAAGGUUCUCAUAACGAAAAGUUAGAUGUUUCUAACAUGGUUUGGAGUGUGCCUCUUCUAUGGUAGUAUUGUUGAUUGUUUUUUUUGUCUUUAUUGAACAGGGGGGUGACUCUGGUUCUGGACGUAGUUCAGAGACGUUCCGACUCCUCCAUGCCAAAAACGUCACCAGACCUCAGUUGAAAUUCCGGGAAAAAGUCGACAAUAGCAACACACCGUUUACUCCCAAGAUCUUCGUCAAGCCCAAUGCAAUAAAACCACUUCCUUCAUGUAAGUCGCGUUUGCCAUAAUUUCAAAUAAAUUCAGUUGUAACUUAUUUUACAGUGCAAACACUUUCCUGGUAUUUAGAAAUGACACAUCAGCAUUUUAUUACCCAAUAUGAUCACUCUUUUGGCCUCUUAAGGGUUCAUAAGAUAACACAACUAUGUAUCAUUGGGUUCCAUGUAGUUGCCAAAAAGUAUAAAUUAUUUGCUAUAAAGUACCAAUUAAAUAAAUAUUGUACAUGCUAUAAUGAAGUGCAAUCAAGAUGUAGGGCGGCAGGUAGCUUAGUGGGUAAGAGCGUUGUGCCAGUAACCGAAAGGUCGCUGGUUCUAAUCCCCGAGCCGACUAGGUGAAAAAUCUGUCGAUGUGCCCUUGAGCAAGGCACUUAACCCUAAUUGCUCCUGUAAGUCGCUCUGGAUAAGAGCGUCUGCUAAAUGACCAAAAAUAAUAAUAAAUAAUAAUAAUAAAUGUCCAUUGAUUCCACCUUUCCCGUUGUAGAUUUUACCAACAAACACAUUCGCAAAGAGAGACCAGAGGAUUUGGAUGUCCCUGCCGCCCUGGCUGAUUUCAUUCACCAGCAGAGAACUCAGGAGCAUGUAGAAGACAUGUAAGACAUUCUGAGUCAGUGUACUCUCUUGUUCCAAGGUUGAAAUGUGAUAACUUUCCAUCUGACAUUGCUAUACAUUUCCCUCCAUAGGUUUGCUCACCCAUACCAAUACGAACUGGAUCACCUUGCGUUACCCGAGAAUCUGCUGUCCAAGCCUGAACCCCAGGUAAAUUGUUUGGUUAACACUUUAUUUGAAGUAUAGUGUCAUAAGGGGCCAGCUUCAUGAGAUGGAAUGCGUUUCAAUUAACAGGUGUGCCUUCUUAAAAGUAAUUUGUUGAAUUUAUUUCCUUCUUAAUGCAUUUGAGCCAAUUAGUUGUGUUGUGACAAGGAAGGGGAGGGGAGUAAACAGAGGAUAGCCCUAUUUGGUAAAAGACCAAGUCCAUAUUAUGGCAAGAACAGGUCAAAUAAGCAAAGAGACAGUCCAUCAUUACUUUAAGACAUGAAGGUCAGUCAAUACGGAACAUUUCAAGAACUUUGAAAGUUUCUUCAAGUGCAGUCGCAAAAACCUUCAAGCGCUAUGAUGAAACUGGCUCAUGAGGACCGCCACAGGAAUGGAAGAUCCAUAGUUACCUCUGCUGCAGAGGAUAAGUUCAUUUGAGUUACCAGCCUCAAAAAUCGCAGCCAACAUCAACUGCUCAGAAGAGACUGUGUGAAUCAGGCCUUCAUGGUCGAAUUGCUGCAAGAAACCACUACUAAAGGACACUAAUAAUAAUAAGAAGAGACUUGCUUAGGCCAAGAAACACGAGCAAUGGACAUUAGACCGGUGGAAAUGUGUGUCCAAAUUUGAGAUUUUUGGUUCCAACCGCCGUGUCUUUGUGAGAGGCAGUGUGGGUGAAUGGAUGAUCACUGCAUGUGUAUUUCCCGCCGUAAAGCAUGGAGGAGGUGGUGUCAUGGUGUGGGGGUGCUUUGCUGGUGACACUGUCUGUGAUUUAUUUAGAAUUCAAGGCGCACUUAACCAGCAUGGCUACCACAGCAGUCUGCAGCAAUACGCCAUCCCAUCUGGUUUGGGCUUAGUGGGACUAUCAUUUGUUUUUCAACAGGACAAUGACCCAACACACCUCCAGGCUGUGUAAGUGCUAUUUUACCAAGAAGGAGAGCGAUGGAGUGCUGCAUCAGAUGACCUGGCCUCCACAAUCCCCCGACCUCAACCCAAUUGAGAUGGUUUGGGAUGAGUCGGACGGCAGAGUGAAGGAAAAGCAGCCAACAAGUGCUCAGCAUAUGUGGGAACUCCUUCAAGACUGUUGGAAAAGCAUUCCAGGUGAAGCUGGUUAAGAGAAUGCCAAGAGUGUACAAAGCUGUCAUCAAGGCAAAGGGUGUCAAUAUGAAGAAUCUCAAAUAUAAAAUAUAUUUUGAUUUGUUUAACACUUUAUUUGGUUACUACAUGAUUCCAUAUGUGUUAUUUCAUAGUUUUGAUGUCGUCUUCACUAUUAUUCUACAAUGUAGAAAAUUGUAUAAAUAAAGAAAAACCCUUGAAUGAAUAGGUGUGUCCAAACUUUUGACUGGUACUGUAUAUAGAAAAUAAUAGAAAGUCUGGGCGCUUGUUGCAGAUUACAAUAAUAUAUUCAGCAAAACCUGCAACAUUGGGCUACUUUACUACAAACAAAAAUGUGCAAUAUCAUGCCUGAGACCUUAUAUCAUGCCCAUCCGGUGUCACUUUUACUUUUGACUAGCUAAAUACACUUUAUGACACGGUCAUUAACCAUUUUGACCAUGACGCCUGACACCAUGUUGACCUUGACAUUGUUGAAUAUCUUUAUUGAAAGCUGAUAUUAGUCAAGUUGGCCAAAUGUGUUUUUUUGUCUUUGUGUGAUACAUUUUGUCAAUUGAUGCUAGACUACAUUUUCUGUGUUUUGAUUUGUCAGAUGUACAAACCACUUGCUGAGACAAAGUGCUCAUUCAUUGACAAUCUGGAGGAUCUGGUGGCAGUAAACGAGAAACUGACCAAGACGUCAGAGUUUGCAGUAGAUCUGGAGGUAUAAUAAAGGUUUUUACACAUGUUCCUCUGCCUGAGACAAUUAAAUUGUACCUCAAAUAACUAAGCAUUAAAGAUGGGGUAAAUGAACGCUUGCUAGCUUUAGCCUUUUGUGACCUCAUCUGUCCUACCCAGCCAGGAUUUUCUGUUGAAUCAUGUGUAUCUUCUCUCUUAGCACCACUCCUACAGAAGUUUCUUGGGCAUCACCUGCCUGAUGCAGAUUUCAACACGGGAUGAAGACUUCAUUAUAGACACCUUGGAGCUGCGUAGUGAGCUGUACAUACUCAAUGAGGCUUUCACAGAUCCCGCCAUCGUCAAGGUCAUUGCCUGGUUGUCUAGGCACAUUUUGGAUUUAACAGCACAAUGCCCAAUAAUGGCAAUGGUAGCAGGCUUAGCAUUUCAGUUUACAGAAACUUUGGUAUAGCCUAGAAUUUGAGUCACUAAUGUAGGUUUAUAUGUCUUCCGCAGGUUUUCCAUGGUGCCGACUCUGAUAUUGAGUGGCUGCAAAAGGAUUUGGGCCUUUACAUUGUCAACAUGUUUGACACCCACCAGGCGUCCCGUACCCUUAAUCAGGGCAGGCACUCGCUUGACCACUUGCUAAAGCUGUUCUGCAACGUGGACUCUGACAAACGCUACCAACUGGCAGACUGGAGAAUACGGUAAUGCUAACCCUCUGUUAUACACUUAAUAUGUACUAAAUCGUUUUCACUUAAAGCUUUUCAUGUUGGCCUGGGAGCAAAAUAUGAUUUGAUUGAAUGGCUUUUGAUUUUCCUUAGGCCUUUGCCAGACGAGAUGUUUCAGUAUGCCCGCGCAGAUACCCACUACCUCCUCUAUGUCUACGAUCGGCUGAGGGUAGACUUGUGGGAAGUGGGCAACGGGCAGCCUGCCCUGCUGCAGAUGGUCUGGCACAAAAGCAAAGACAUCUCACUGAAGGUGCGCCUCCCGAGCUGAAUAGCGCAACUGAAUAUUACCGCACCAUCUAGGCCUAAUUCCCUUGUUAACUUGUUCAGACACUCACAACGAAAACCCCUCUGUGCAGAAAUACAUGAAGCCGCUCUUCACCGAGGACUCCUACAUGGACCUGCUGAGGAAGCAGAAGAAGGCGUUCAACACGCAGCAGCUAGCUGCCUUCCGACUGCUGUACGGCUGGAGGGACAAGCUGGCCAGACAGGAGGAUGAGAGCACUGGGUACGGAGGGUCUUGCAUAUGGACGCAUUUGCUGUUUGUUCGCUUAGGAUCCUCAUAUUCGAGUAUUUGGUGUGGAUUGUGAAGUUGGUCGAUGAAAGCCAGCUCUGUACUGUCUGCUACAUACACCUGUUUUUAGAUCUGCUACCCUCUUUCCCCAAUAAGCACCUCUCACACUGCUUGAGAUGUCAAAUCACCUGAUUUGUCUCAAACUGAGAUAGAAAUAAUGAAAAUGACAAGGGUUUUUGUUAAGUAUAUGACUUUUAUUUAAACUUGCUUGCCAUGUGUUUCAGGUAUGUCCUGCCCAAUCAUAUGAUGAUUAAGAUCUCUGACAUCCUGCCCAAGUAAGUUGAGAGACUUACCAAAAACACACAAGCGUGCACACACACACAAACAUGAAUACAAUGUUAAACAAUCCCCAUCUGUUCUUUUUUUUCUACCAGAGAGCCUCAAGGCAUCAUCGCUUGCUGUAACCCUGUCCCCCCAUUGGUGCGGCAGCAGGUCAAUGAGCUCCACCUAUUGGUGCAGCAGGCCAGGGAGAUGCCCCUUCUCAAGGUGAGACAUGCCUGGGGGCAGUAUUGAUUGUUUACUACAUUUAACCUCAAUCAACUAACUGAAUCAAUUGAAUAGUACCUAUUUUCAAUGAUGUUGGGUGUUUUGAUGCUGUUAUAGUGUCAAAUCAGUAACUAGUGAGUAAAGAAAAGUACUGCGUUGUAUACGAUGGAUUUCACUUUAAGCAAUGUUUUCCGUGUGUGUAUAUAGGCUGAAAUUGUGGCUGACAAGAAGAAAGCACUCACGCCCAUAAAAAAGGUUUGUAAAACGAAUUAAUUGAUACCAAAUCCGCUUGGUUACACAGUUUCACAGGUCAUUUAUUAGCAAAACUGCCUGUAGCUGAUGUGUCAUGCAUUGGUUGUUUUUGCAGCCAGAAAUUCCCCUAUUUGGUCCUCAUGAUACAUCCAGAGUCUCUGAAAGUGAUUCCCCUAGCUUUACCCCAAAAGGUAAGAUAUCUUAAGUCCAUUGUUAACAGUAAUGCUGUUGUCCUUGGCUAUAGUCAAUUAAACAAAUGAAAAUGUACUUUCAGAACUUUCAACUAAAAAGGGGGCACUCUUUUCUGACGAGGAGCAGGGAGAGGAGGUUGACAUCAAUAAAAUGAUGGGUCUAGUAGCUUCAGCUAAAAUCACAUUGUUUGAGGUAAGAACUAUCUGAUAUCUGGUUGUUUUGGCUCAUGAAUGAAUGGUACACUACAGUACACCUCUCUCAGAUUUGUUUUCUGUUAUAAGACUGUUUGAAAUGUGACUAAUGAUGUCGGUUGGUGACUCGUGUGUUUUGUGCUUUUUUGAAGGAGAAGGACACAGUCAAAGAUCCAGGUCACCACACAGUGGCUCAACAGAAAGCAUGCAGGGUUGUCGAGUCUUUUCAGAACCCUUUCCGAAUGGUAAUAUGCAUUGACCUGGUAAUGCUUGGUAAACCAAUGAUGUGUUUGUUUGUUUUUGUGUUGCUAUAAUGUAUCCUCUUGUUUUUAGUAUCUACCGUCAAACGACAUCCAUAUCUCCCAAAAUGCUAAGUUCGACCCCUCUACGAAAAUAUAUGAGGUAUUUAAUUAAUUGAUAUUUGUACAAAAAAAUGAUUGUGGCAGAAAUGAUGCCACUGAAGUCUGAUCUCGAAGAUGGUCAGUAUUAUCUUGAACUGUCGAACUUCAUUUGUCCUGCUUGUGUUAUAUUAUCCACUACGUUUCAACAGAUCAGUAAUAGAUGGAAGCUGCAGAGUGUGGAACAGCAGCAGAAGGAGGUAGAGGCCAAAAAGAAAGUGAAGGAAGAGGCAAAGGCAGUAGCAGGUGUGGUGUACUUUACUUGAUUCAAAUGAACCUUCUUAUAUUAUUUCAAACCAUCCUUUGUAAAUAUUGUGAUAUUUCUUGUCCUACAGAGGAAAGGAAGAAGGCCAAGCAGAGCUACCAGGAAUCACUUCAGAAUGUUGCGACUGUGCGUCAGCAAGCUUCAGUGAGUCGUUUUACACAUUUCUUCAGAGCUAUUAGAAAACAUUUUCAAUUCUGUGCAAGCAAGUUAUCUCAUUACAUUCAAUUAAUCGCAUCUUUUUGACAGUACAUUUUGUUUACAUUUCCAUCAGGAAUCUAUAAAACCAGGAGGAAAGAAAAGGGAGAGGGUUGCCAGUGAGACAGGAGAGUCGACCCCAAAACCUAACAAGAAACUCAUGAAAGCUGCUGAGAAGCAAAAUGAGGAGGACUCUACACCACCUCUAGUUUUCAAACCCUAUGACUACAGCCAAUCAGAUUUCAAAGUCUUUACUGGUACGCAUCCCCAUGUAUUUGUUUAUGUUCUAUCUGACUUUGGUCAUGACAUUUGUAGUUGGAUGAUGAGAUUAUUUUGCAUCUCCACACAUGAUCUUCCUUUCUCAUUGUAUGUGGUGAAAUAAAUAAUUUUGUGAUGUUCUAGGGGCCAAAGGAAAAGAUGGUAAACAGUUUGAUCCAGACAGACAAGGCCAUGAACCCAGGAAAAAGGUAUUAUUAACAAAUAUAUAAUUAUUACAUUUGUGGAAUUUGUUGUUGUUGUUGAUUUAAAGGUAGCAACGAACAGCACCGAAGAUAUUGACAUGAACGCGAUGAACAUUAUCACACAGAGUAUCGGCGCAUGUACACGGGUGCACUUCACGCUAUUACGUGGUUGCUACGGGACCAAAACAACAGAAGUUUAGCAUUCAACGUUCUGUUAUUGUGGAAAUUGACACGCUGUGUGUACGUCGUGCAUUCAAUGUCAUCUUGCUGAGUCUACCUUUAAGGCUGGCAAGAUAAUUACCAAAAAAGUAACAGUUCCCAUGGCUAUUGUAAUAUCAAGUGAACAUUCCUUUUUGUUUCUGUAGAAAAAUGCGAAAGCACAAAAAUCAAAUGCCUGUGCUGGAAACCGAAGUAUGGCCUUUUUUGGUGGAAAAUCCGAAAGGUAACAAGAUUCAUGCUUGCUGUUUUGGAGACACGUCACGCUUGCUCGCAAAGAGAUUUGCGGUGGCUAAUUAACAAUACAUAAGUUCAUUGUUUCGCCUCAGUUAGGCAAGGUGCUUAGCUAGCCACCUAAAAUUGUUUACAGUUAGCAAUCUCUUCUACACUAUUUUGCUAGCUAGAAAAAUGGCAGGUGUCUCCAGUUUACAUUUUACCAUUGUGAUGCUCAUCCAUGCAUAUCCACUUUCUAUGCCUAUCACAGUUCCCGUUUUGAUUGUUCCACUAAUAUCACUGUGUUGGUUUUCUUUAUUCAUCUUGCAGAGGAGUCCGUCGUAACUGGCCUAAAAGAUAGGUCUACCCAUCAAUGAACUUUUCUUCUCUUCUCCUCAAAAAGGAAACAUGUUUUAAAAUUUGAUUUUUUUGUCUGUGGAUCUAUUUACCCUAUGUAAAUACAAUGGUGCACAAAAUAUUUUUUUCCUGUAACAAAUAAGUAUUUGCAACCUGCUUAUUAAAAUAGUUUUAAAGAUAA